AUGUCUUUCUCAAGAGCUUGCAGAGAGUUCAAGAAGACCGGUUCCUGCUCCCACAAAGCCUGCCGCAAAAGUCACCCUAAGCCGCUUCACGCACCUCUUUAUCCACAAGCCUCAGAGAAGGACAACGGGGUCCAAUCAUGGAAGCGGACUGCUCACGCAAGAUGCACCGUCUAUAUAGCUCCUGAGUUCCUCGAAGCUUUCUUUGUUGGAGCAAGGUCACUGGUAGAACGCGAUUCCGAGUCUAUGCAAGAGGUCAUUUGUUACAUGUCUGAAGAGGACGGGCUCCGCUACAUCCAACAACUGGUCGAGCGCGAGUUUGCGGCGCUCCCACCUGCUAUCAGAAUCGAGAUGUUCCGAUCCCAGGUUGUUCCAUUCCUGGAAACGAUCUCUCAUCCGCGAGUACUUUCUUCACUUUUUGUGGAGCAUGCCCUUGGAGGCAUAUACAAUUUUAUCUAUGGGGUAGGAGGAACUAGAGCCGCCCACCUCAUUUCCUCCAUCUGCUCUGUCCUUGAGACUCUCUCUGAAGACGACGAAACACGUGCUCAAUGGCUGGAAGGCUCGCUGGUUGUCUUCCAUAGAAUCAUGUUCGCCAACUCAACAGCAUUUAUUCAAACAGGCCUUGAGAAGCAGGCACUGAAAUUAGAAGACAUUCUCACCACCAUGGACAAGGGAGAUAUGUCAGGGAAACUCCACAUAUCGCGCAGAUACCUAAACCAACUUCUUUCUCGUACCAAAACUGGCGCACAUAUGCAGACACAGAAUACUGAAGAGUCCAACCAUGCUCAAAUCAUCAAGUUCGUCCCUCGACAGGAACUACCUGGCGGUCGACAUGGUAAUGACCAUAAGGACUUCUCUCUAGUUCAGAUCAUGCCAACUAUAGAAGAGAUUCUGAGUCCCCGACAAGAGUAUCUUCCAGAGCGAGACCCGUCUUCUUGGCACGUCAGUGGCCUUGAAGGGCUAUUAGAUCGAAAUUUUCGCUUGCUACGUGAAGACAAUGUCGGAAUAAUACGAGAUGCCAUCCAUCAUGUCAUUAAAGCUUCGCCAGGAAAGAGUCCACGGGCAAAUGUGUACAAAGGAGCGCGGAUUGUCAAAUCGAAAUUUCACUGGAAUUCCGGAUUUGUGUUUCAAGUCAGCUUCCCCCAACCCACUCGUCUUCGUCGAAUGGCUGCACCUCAGCGAGAAGCGUGGUGGUCAGACUCCAGAUGCCUGCAGCCUGGCACAUUGGUCUGCCUCACCAUUGACGGCGACCAUGCUGCUUUCUGCACUGUCACUCAUGGACCAGAUGAACAAUCACAUAUAAAAGACAAAUCAGGCCGCAAAAGCGAGAAGGCUACGAGAUUUGGUACCUCUCUGAAAGGUGCGGAUGAGGUAUUCGUUUUGCUCACCACAUUGGGGCCUGAUGAGCGCACCGUGCGGUCAAUCUUGGAUAUCUACGAUGACCGCGAACAGUUGUUCCUAAUGACUGAGUUUCCGGGGGUUUUGCUCCCAAGCUUUGAACCGACACUUCGGGCUCUACAGAGGAUCAAGAGAACAAACCAGAUACCAUUUGAAAACUUCCUUGUUCCAUCACAGAGCGACAAUCUCGCAAUGAUCCCUCCCCCGCUCUACUCUCUGAGAAACGGAUUCCAGUUCAAUCUCCGAUGUUUGAUGACAGACGAUGCGGAUUUUUUCGUUCACCCUGACAUGCGAGUGAAUCCUGAGAAACUGUACUCGAGCUCAAUACUUGAUCAAGCUCAAGUAAAAGCACUUGUUAACAGCUUGCAGCAUUGUAUUGGUCUGAUACAAGGCCCACCUGGUACGGGGAAGUCAUACACUGGAAUUGCUCUGAUCCAGGUCCUUCUGGCCAACAAGUAUGCAAAUGGUGGCAACAUCGGCCCUAUUCUUUGCGUAUCAUACACAAACCAUGCGUUAGAUCAACUUCUAGAGUCCCUUCUGGACAGGAAGAUUACAGAAAAAAUUGUCCGAAUAGGUUCCCAGUCGAGGUCAGAACGACUGAUUGGUUGCAAUCUAAGGGACAUUUCAAAACUGGCCGCGAAGACCAGGGAAGAGAAAAGCAUGCAGAAGUCUCUUCGGCAUGAGCUUCAGACCUGCGAGGACAAGUUCAACAGGCUCUCAUUUCAGCACAUACCUGCCUCGAAAGUCCCGCCAUACCUCUACGAGUAUUAUCCCGAUCACUUUGAACAGCUGUUCUAUAGUGAUGAAUAUGACCUGAAACCCUCUCAAGUCAAGAAUCCUGGAGCUAUCAUCAAGGCGUGGCUUACAUCCGGUAUGGGGGCAGAAAACGAGCCAGGGCGAUCUUUCAAAGACUUGCUCCAUGUCAACAUCUACUCUAUGAACCGGGCUGAAAGAACAACAGUCUAUCAUCAAUGGCUGGGGGAUAUUGCCGAGGAAACGGUCUGCGAAGCUAUUGAAUUGGUCUCAGCGCAUGCUGGUGUCAAACACAACUGGGACCGUAUUCGCAGCGAGGUAGACCUUCGUUGUUUAGCUGAUGCCGAUGUUAUUGGUGUCACAACCACUGGGCUAGCGAAUAACCUGGAAAUGCUUCAGAAGCUGCAAGUUAGAGUCGUUAUAUGCGAAGAGGCAGCAGAGGUUCUGGAAGCACAUCUUCUCACUGCUCUACUUCCCUCUGUAGAGCAUGCCAUCUUUAUCGGAGAUCAUCUACAGCUUCGCCCUGUGGUCCAGAAUUAUGAUCUAUCGAGGGAGAACCCUAACGGAGGGGAUCGAUAUUCUCUCGACGUCUCCUUAUUUGAAAGGCUAGUGGAUCCAAGAACUGCAUUUGGUGCAGGGCUCCCAUAUAGCACACUGGAGACACAACGCCGCAUGCAUCCUUCAAUCGCGAGCCUGAUUCGAGAUACGCUCUAUCCUGAUUUGAAAGACGCAGCAUGCGUCUCUGAUUACCCCAGAGUGUCUGGGAUGAAACAGAGGCUAUUUUGGCUGGACCAUCGCUUUUAUGAAGGAAAUACAGCGGAUGAUGCCGUGGCGACAUCACAUUGGAAUGAGCAUGAAGUUGAGAUGACAAUUGCCCUAGUCAAUCAUCUAGUCAGCCAAGGGGACCGUAAGAGCGGCGAAAUCGCAGUGUUGACCCCAUAUCUCGGCCAACUCCAUCGUCUCAGGCAAAGGCUCAGCAAGCUAUUUGCAAUUUGCAUUGGUGAACGUGAUCAGGAAGACUUGGAGAAAGCAGGUCUUAAGCUUGACAAGGGUGUCAGCCCAGCAGUUAAGUCCAACUUACUCGAGGCCCUUCGUGUGUCGACAGUUGAUAAUUUCCAAGGUGAAGAGGCCAAGAUAGUUGUGAUCUCACUCGUCCGCAGCAACCCCCAGAACCGUUGCGGCUUCCUAAGCACGCCAAAUCGAAUCAACGUCCUUCUAUCGCGAGCCCAGCAUGGAUUGUACAUUCUGGGCAACUCCGAGACGUCAAUGCAUAUUCCGAUGUGGGCUCAAAGUGUUCCCGACACCCAAAUGCCGUCCUGGUGGUAUCUGAGCCCAGCGACUUCCUACGUCUUUCUCCGGAAGGCGGCUGCAAUCUGCGAUGCACAAAGCGCCUUAAUUGUGGUCAUGCUUGCGAGCAGCGAUGCCACUCCGACAUGCUGCAUAAUGCAGUGUUUUGCAGCCAGCCUUGCUCUAGGGCACGAGUGGGCUGCACACAUCCCUGCCCCGAGUUAUGUGGAAACGCUUGCUCGUUUAACUGUAAAGCACUUGUUACUCGAGAAGGAAGGAAGCUGCCAUGUGGACAUCCGAGGGAAACACUGCCAUGUUUUCAGGACCAGGACACGACAAAGUUUGACUGUGAAGAAUCAGUCAGAAAAACUGUCCCUCGCUGCGGACAUGAUGUUUCUGAGCCUUGCUAUCUUGAUGUGUCCGCCGCCAGCUACCAAUGCACGAACCCAUGCGGUGCACAAUUAUCAUGCGGUCAUGCUUGCAGCCGCAAAUGCCACGAGUGCAACAGGCUUGAUGGUGUUCGCCAUGGCGAAUGCCGACAGCUGUGUGGUAGAAACUACUCCACCUGCAGGCAUACCUGUAAAACAACCUGCCAUGGAGCUAAGCCUUGUCCACCCUGUGAGGCAGCAUGCGAAGUCCGCUGCAAGCACUCGAAAUGCACAAGGAAAUGCUACGAGCCAUGUACGCCAUGCGCCCAAGAGACCUGUCUUUCCUCCUGUCCACACAGUGCCUGUACAUUGCCAUGUGCAGCACCAUGUAAUCACAUUCCCUGCUCACAGCGGUGCGAGAAGCUCCUCCAAUGUGGUCACCAAUGCCCGUCUGUCUGCGGUGAGCAAUGUCCGCCGCCAAGGUUCUGUCAGUAUGGACGCUCAAAUGAAUAUUGCAAAAUACUACAUGUUGGACAUUGAGGGAAAGCCAGUCUCAGUCAAAGAAGCUCUACCAGAGCUGUUCCGCAUGGCAGACAUCAAGAACUGCGCCCUAUGUCGCGGUCAUUUGCGAGACAUUGCGCGUUAUGGUCGACUAGUUCGACAGGCGCUACUCGACGAUUCUACCAAAAAAUUCGUACUGUACCUAAACCGUGAAUAUCUGCCACUGGCAGAAGAGAUGGCGCGCAGAAUCCAAAGCCUCAAGGACCUCGAAUAUAAUCAGUCUCAGAAGACCAGACUAGCCUCGGUUGUACGCAUUAAUGGAGAUCGCGCCCAUCAGCUCCAGAUCAUGAGGGGAGCAUUGGGUUACUUAUCAACUUCCCGCUGGGGAGAUAUUCUGAAGAUGCACGAACAAAUUGCGGCUUAUCGAGACAAGGUCUCACCAGGCCAACAGCCUUUCAUUCGGGUACUAGCUAUGGUUGAAAGCGCACGACGCAAAAACAACAUAGCCAUCGAAGAGUUCAAUGGCGCAAACAACAUGCUCCAGCUUAAAGGUGUUCUGUUGGCUGCAACUCUCAGCCUUCGUCUACACAUAGCUCUGCUAACAGACUUCCUGCGAAUGAAGGGACGCGCGCGCACUAGGCUCACGCUCGACUUGAGCAAAACUCGCGAAGAAUGCAAGUCUCUUAUAGAAAGUGCCAAAGACUCGAGACUUCCUUCUCUCGAAGCAGAAGGUCACCUUUUCCUAGCUCAACUCCACGCUUUAGAACGCUGUCACUGCAUUGACUCAACAGCGAGCAAAACUCAUCUUGAUACUGGUCUUGCAUCCCUUGAGAGAGCACGGGGUAUUAUCACCACGUUUCCUAUGCAAACUAAGGGCCUGGAGAGCGAAAUUGACGCAGCGGAGACUAUGUUCCUCUCGACUUUCUAUUCUAUUGUCACGAAUGCAGAACGCCUUGCUGUUGUGCAGGCCAUGGCUAGUGAAUUUGUUGGAACGGGACAUUGGUACUAUUGUGGCAAUGGCCACCCUUUUACGAUUGGAGAGUGUGGAGGUGCGAUUCAGGAAUCACUAUGUCCGGAGUGUGGUGCGCCUGUCGGUGGGAGACAGCACCGAGUUGUUGAAGGGGUCACUCGGGCUGAUGACCUUGAAGAAUCAGGGUCUGCGGCUUACUGGUAG